AGCCAUUUGGGCUCAAGUGUGUCUGGCCCAGUAGCGACCAGCACUUCCUGCUGCCGAGCCCCUCAGCCCGCAGGGGUCGCUUGCGGUGUCCGAGCCGCGAUGGCUGGCCCACGAUCGGAGGACCUCCCAACUGUCGGCGAGUGCCCUGAGAUGGGACAACUGCGUGACUGGGUCACCGGCAACGACGAGUCGCGCUACGAUUUCCAGGCGGCUGGGACACUGCGCUUGGACGUGACGCACUCGAACUUAGUGCAGAGGUGGCAUGACAUCAUCUUCGAUGUCAACAUGACCGUGUCGGCGGUGAAGGACAAGCUGUACCGCCACGGCGGCACGCCUGCCAAGCACCAGGAGCUGUACCUCCGACGGGGCGGGGGUGACACGAUAUUCCUGAUGGACGCCAGCAAGACGCUGGGCUACUAUGGCGCCAGGAACGGCAUGGAGAUCCAUAUCAAGGACACGGACGAGUUCUCCAUCUCGAAGCACGGCGGCCUCGAGGACGUCAGCCAGGUCGAGAAGUACGUCAUGGACGACGACCACUACGACAAGCUCACGAACACCGUGCGCGCCUGCAAGAGGAGGGAGCAGGAGCAGCGCGCCAGGGCCGAGGCAGCCCGGCGGGCCGCGGGCGGCGAGGCACUAGCAGAGGCGCAGGCCGAGGAGGAGGAGGAGGAGCCCCUGGAGGCGGUGCUGGAGCGGAUCCCGCUGGGCAGCCGCUGCCAGGUCGAGCCGGGCAGCCGGCGAGGGGAGGUCGCCUUCGUCGGCAAGGUGGCCGGGGCUAAGAGGGGCGCGUGGGUCGGCGUGUGCCUCGACGAGCCGCAGGGCAACAACGACGGGACAGGCAAAGAUGGGGCUCGGUACUUCGAUUGUCCAGGCCCCAAGUACGGCUGCUUCGCCAAGCCGGAGAACGUCACGGUCGGCGAUUUCCCAGUUUUAGAUCCGUUUGCCUCGGACGACGAGUUCUGAGUUUGCAGGCGGCCCUGGCCUGAGCUCGGUUGGUGGAGAAUUCACGCGUGGCACUGUUUUUUGUGAUAGCUUCUUUGCGGAACUUGCGGCGGACCAUGCGCAUCGAAGCAGUUCCCGCCAAGUGUAGGACUGCGACGAUUGCUGUUCUGUCUUGUACGAGAGAGAAGGCUGGUGGAUGCACCACGCCUGCGACUGCCCAAAGACAGCCUCGGUGCGGGGGGCUUGACCUUGCUGGCUGCAAAGCAGCAGAUCCCUCUCUUGUUGCUCUUCAUCCUCGUCCUGCUGCCCCCUCUGCUUGUCCUCCUGCUGUUCAUCUCCU